GCCAACAACCAGCCAUUCAACCAGCCAGCUCUACCGCAGUUACUAAAAGAGUCAACGAAACCGAGUGAGGAGCGUUCGAUUCGUAUGCAACUCUGCGGAUCGGAGCAUAGUAAGUAGUAGGGUGUGAAUGUAUGUACCGGCGUUGAACCCACCGCCAUAGCUGUUGAGGUUGGGUUGACGACGCUCCAGCUGUGGAGCGCGUAGUUAGUUGACUUUUGCUAGCGUUGCGGAACACUUUUACCCAGAAAAGAAUUGUUGCGCAAAAUGGACACACAACUGGUGUGGGCACGCGAUGCCGUCGAAGGCUAUAUACAGUGUCGCAUCUCAGAAAUCGGUGCUAAGGAUUUCGAGGUUACACCAAUCGAUCGAAAAUAUCCGAAACGCUCUUGUCAUGUCGAUGAUAUAUUUUCGUCGUGCGACGGACCGCAAGAUCAUGAUGAUAAUUGUGAACUUAUGCUGCUGAAUGAAGCAACGUUUUUGGAUAAUUUAAAAACGCGUUAUUAUAAAGACAAAAUUUAUGUAAGUACUUAA